ACCACGAGAGCACCAACCCAUAGAAGGUGUGCUCCAGCCAAGGCCUCACAGCCUGUCUGCUGGAUGGCUAUGUGGGGGCUCCUGUUUCUGCUCUGGCCUGUGGCCACAGCCACCGAGGCCUGCCCCAGGCCCUGCACCUGCCAGGCCUUGGAAACCAUGGGGUUAAAGGUGAACUGCGAAGGGCGGGGCCUCACAGCCCUGCCUGAGCUGCCAGCCCACACCCGCCAGCUCCUACUGGCCAACAACAGCCUCCGUUCAGUGCCUCCAGGAGCCUUCGACCACAUGCCUCAGCUGUGGAACCUCAGCGUGACACACAACCCUUGGCACUGUGACUGCAGCCUCACCUACCUGCGCCUCUGGCUGGAAGACCGCAUGCCCGAGGCCCUGCUACAAGUGUACUGCGCCAGCCCAGACUUGGCCACCAGGCGCCCGCUGGGCCAACUGACAGGCUAUGAGCUGGGCAGCUGUGGCUGGAAGCUGCCACCAUCCUGGGCCUACUCGGGGGUGUUGUGGGAUGUGGCACUAGUAGCUGUGGCCGUGCUAGGCCUGGGUCUGCUGGCUGCCCUGCUGAACACAUUCACGGAGUCCCUGACUGAGCCUAGCAGCCCCUAAACCAGGCCAGGGGCCAGACCUGAGCGGCAUCCACAGAAGCACCAUGCCAUCAAAGGGGGGGUGAGAUCAUUCAGUGGGCAGUGAUGCUUGCUGCCCAGCCUGAAGACCUGAUCCCCAGGACCCACAUCAUAGGAGUGAACUGAAUCUCACCUCCACACCCAGACCGUAUAAGCGCAGCAAGUAAAAUAAAUGUAAUUUUAA